CAGACGAGAUAACGGUAGUACGAUUGGGUGUGGUGCAAUUAUAUUGCAACAAUCUAUAUCAACAGCAACAGCAGCCCUGAGUCUUGUAUUGCCUCCGCUGGGAGUUAAAAUAGUGCCGCAUAUUGGACAUCUUGUGGAAGGAAGAAAAUACGAGUUUGAAUGUGAGAGUAGAGGGUCCAGUCCUGGUACAUAUUAUACCUGGUCGAUUGUUCUCAAAAAACAAGAAAAACGAAUUCUUUUACAGAGUGGAGAGUCUGGAAGGUUGAAUCUAACCAUGGAGAAGGAGUUGCAUGGAUCUAGCUUGGUUUGUGGAACAUUUAAUCCUCUUCUACCACACCUAGUCUUAGAGGAUUCAAUUACUCUUCAAGCACUUUAUGCUCCUAAUGUAACGUUAGUAUAUGGAUCAGGGAUAGAUUAUGCUAACAUCAGGGAGGGGGAGGAUGUGUAUAUGGAGUGUAUAGAUGAUAGCCGACCAACUUCUCACACACUUCGAUUCUUCAAAAAUGGUCUGGAGAUAUCUGAGUCUAGGAUUGCUGGAAGGAUUAUCAGUGAUAAUAUUCUAGUUCUGCAGAAUAUUACUAAAGCAGAUUCAGGACAGUAUAGCUGUAGUGCUGACAAUGAAGUUGGAUCACAAACGUCCAGUGUUCUAUGGUUAACUGUAAAAUAUGUUCCGCGGUGUGGUCAACAGGAGCAGGAAUCUAUAGGAAUGAGUUUAGGAGAUUCGAAAAUUAUAGGAUGUCCUGUUUUAUCAAAUCCUCAAAACCUGACAUUUCAUUGGUUCUUCAAUUCUACUCCUGAUUUCAAGGAGUAUUUGAACCUACCUGCUACUGGAGUACCUGGAUAUCAAGUCCAGUACUUAGUUAGGAACUCAGGUGAUUACGGAAGUUUGCUGUGCUAUGGAGAAAAUUCUGUAGGUUAUCAAGAAUCCCCCUGUAUCUUUCAUAUUAUACCAUCAGGUCCCCCUGCUCAACCUAUAAACUGUUCUGUUUUGGACCCAGACCCACGUCAGAUUAAUAUUGCCUGCACACCAGGGUAUGAUGGGGGUAUAAAGCAGAAGUAUGUUUGUGAACUGUAUUCUAUUGACCCACAUGAUGCAGAUGACCAUGUACUCUCUGACCCCGCAGAUGAGUCAGGGGGUGAGGGUGAGGAGGGGCCUCAUCCUGAACCUAAACUAGGAAGAAUGUUUAGAAAUCUCAGCAAUGAGGAACCUAUAUUCACCCUCUAUAAUCUGGAACCUGGAACCAGGUUUGUAGCAAGUAUUUACGCAGUGAAUAGUAAAGGUUCAAGUAAGAGAGUUUACAUGAAGGCAUCAACGGUAAAAGAAACUUUCCGUUUACCUCUUCUCACCAAGGACGAGGGCUCUGCGGUGGACCUUGAUACUCCAAACCUAAUAAUUCAACAAGAGAAUAUUGAAAACAAACAAAACAAGAUGUUUCUGUACAUGGGGAUAGCUGUGUGCUGUACAUCUGUCUGUGCAGUUUUAAAUCUAAUCUGUGGCUGGAAACUGUACAGAAGAAGAAGGGGUAUUCCAUCUGUAUCUGUUAUUGAUGAAUCCCAACGACAAUCCAUCCUCGGAAUGAGCAGUACAGAACAUGUACACUCUGUGUACCCCAGUAUGGAUACUGUACAUACCAUGUACUCAGCACAGACUAACAAAGGUUCGGAUUGCAAUGAUUACCCGUUGCAAGACUUAAGAAAUCCCCAGAUUAUCCGGAUACCAAGACAAGAUGCAGUUGCAUGUUCACUACAUGAGUCAAAUUCACAUUCAAACAGAUAUGAGGAAACUUCAAGUGAACUCAGUGUAGGGGGUCUUAAUCGAACGGACUUUAAAGUUAGCAGUGGCUGCUGAUUAGGAAGACAUACAAAACACCAUCUUUAGCUUCUUUAAUAUAAUUAUUUGAUAUACAGGGUUACCCACAAAGGAUGAGACUUUACAGAAUGUAUUCUGUCUGCUUCCCAACUACUGUAAACGUCUUUCUCUUUGCAAAAUCAUUGAGUAAGCCAUUGAAAGAUUAUAUUGAAGGCAGAAGACAUAAUUUAACCCGAAAAUUGUCAGAUUUAGAGAGUUUCAGGUCGUCUUUACGGUCUCAUCCUUUGUGUGUAACCCUGUGUAAUAAAAUAACAGUUAACAAGUUGUUAAACGUGAUUUUGAAAAUAUCUCUUUUAUUGAAGAACGACAUAAUAUUUGGUUUGAUAUGUCUGGUAAUUUAUUUAAAAACAGAUCAAUCCCCCCCCCAUCCAUGGUAACAUUCAACUGUUUAACCUCAGCAGGGGGGGGGCGGGGUAUAUUUUAAUACAAAAAUAUAGUUAUUUAUUAUUUAUUUUAUUUAUUUUCCAUGUCAAGAAAAACAUUAGAAAUUGAAUUUUUUUAACAGUACAAUUAUUUGUCAUUUCUGAAUAACUUCUUAACUUAUAUAUUUUUGUUACUUUUUCAAUUUGUUUCAACCCUCAAACAAAUGUCAAAAAAUAAUGUUAUUCAAUUGUUAUGCAUAUUUUGUAUCGUGUUCAUACAGCGUGUCCCACGAAACAUGACAGUAGCAAGACAACUUAAAGGUCGUCUUUGAUAUGUUAGAUCAAAAUUGUUAUAAGAAAAAAACAUGUAAAUACUGAAAAAAGGUUGGCUGAAUGUCUUAAAAAAAAGAAAUACAAGACGACUUUGAAAUUGUCUUGCACUACUGUCAUGUUUCCUGGAAAACCCUGUAUUAUCUCAUUUUUAGUUUAAUCAUUGACUUGUAAAUAGCAUCUUAACAUGAAACAGGAAAUAAAUCUAUCAGGACUCA